AUGGCGAGCAGCGCCUCAUCGCCGAAAACGGAGCAGCAAGGUGGCCUACCCCAGCAAGAAGGCAGUGAGGGAGCGCUGGUGAAAGAUUACACCGUCCGCAGCUGCGUGAUCGAAGCUUUAAGAGAAGGCGUCCCGAAGUGCACGGUGAAGAAGUGGGUACAAGAUCUCAGCAAAGACUUCUUCGUUCAGGACGACAUGAGCUUCAUCAAUGCUUGGCGAGAGCUUCGACAGCGCUGGGAGCGCCUGAGCUCGAAGCGCCAGCGGCGGCAGAAGCGCCAGCGAGAUGAGCCCGAGGAGGUGACCAAGCCUGCACCACCGCCUGGAGUCCGCCUUACACAGCACCAGCUCGAGGCGGUCCUGGAAGCUGCGAAAACAGCGCAAGAAGACCUUGCACAAGGAGUCUGCGGCUCUCUCGAGAAGGCGCUAGCAGUGCAUCUGUCGCUGUGCCUGGGCUCCCUGGCGGGCCCCGUUCUCUCGGCCAUGACGCAAUCCCCCGAAGGUGUAAAACCGCGCGAGACGAAGGUCAGGAUUCCGAAGACACCGGCGGGGCUGCGUGCCAUGCUCUAUGAUUUCCAAGGUGACCGGCCGUCCAAAGAUGACGAGUCGGCGGCCGCAAAGCCCAGCUGCCUCUUGAAUUCGGAUGAGUCCCUUGUGGCGCCCUUCUUCUUGAAAGAAAGCUCUCCGAAGCCAAUUGCCCUGAGCGUGAUGGAGGAUGUGGAAUUCUUCGUGAACCUGGCGCCAACUGUCACAUCUGGCUGCCCUGGGGGAUGGUUUCCCAUUUGGCCUCUCCCACAGUGGCAGCCUCGCCGCGGCCAAUACCGAUACCAAGCGCGCCCGGGGACUCUCCCCAAGAAGAUCGCCUACUUCGAAACGUGCUUCCAGGUUCGAAGCUGCCCCCAAGGGUACUUCUGUGAGGGUAACGCGGAACAGCCCAAGGCCUGCGGGCAUGGCAGCCUGUGCAACGAGACGGGGCUGACGCAGUCAAAGCCUUGUCCUGCUGGGUACUACUGCCCCACGUCCUUGCUGGCGGAGGAAUGCUACAGAGGCAGCUUUUGCCCAGAGGGCUCGCUGGUUCCGCGAAUCUGUAAGAAGGGCUUCUACUGCCCGAAUCCCUGUGAGCAGCUGCCAUGUCCGGAAGGCCAUUGGUGUCCGGAUGCCGCAUCAAGUCCACGAGAGUGCAGUUGGUGGAACCGUUGUGAAGCAGGAGCCACAUCUGUGAACUGGUACACAUUGGGGCUCACCUCAGCGGCCGCCAUGCCGCUUACGUUGGAGCUCGGGCUUCAUCUCCUCUUCCGCCGUCCAGUGCACGAGCAGAUCUCUUUCAAGUUCCUUCAAGGCAUGACUGCCCCCUGCUUGAUUCUUCUCUGCACUACACUCGUCAUGGCGUGGUUGGUCAUGCCACUCGUGGCCCUCGCGAAGACGUCCAUACUCGUCUACUCGAUCGCUAGUGUGGCAACGCCGCACCGGCUCCGCUUGUGGCGUUUCGGGCUGGUCGGCUUCGGGGCUUUCCUCAUCUCCCUGGUGCAGGGUCUCCUAGCGGCAGCCUGGAUCGUCUAUGCACCAGUGUGCCUUUUUGCUGCCUUCCUCUUCUCCGCUCCGAACGUCGAGUACCGGAAGAGGGGCCUGAAUGCGCUGUGCUGCUUGAUCGGUGCCUUCGCUUUGGCUGUGGCUUUCCUCUUACUCGCAGGGGCUAGCUUCACGGCGGAGCAGGAGAAGCAGGUGAAUAUUGCUCAAGUUUGCUUGGUGGUGGGUCAUUUGUGGCUGUUGGUGUUGGCUCUGCUCUUCCUGUUCUACACAGAAAUCGCGCGCCAGCAAACCCUGGAAAGCGUGCGUCAGCAGAGCCUCCUGGUGCAGCAGGCCUUUCUACUGGAGACGGAGAUGACAUCCAGUGGAUCACCAGAACAGGACCCCGCUCCCAGGACCAGGCGGGCAGCUGCGGGUUUGGCCUUCGAGAUGCGCGAUAUGAGCCUGCAGAUACGCGGUGGGGACAAGCUGGUCCUGCGCAACAUUUCGCUUGAAAUCCCCGCGGAUAGCAGCUGCGCUCUCAUGGGCCCCUCCGGCAGUGGCAAGUCCAGCUUAUUGAACGUCCUCACUGGCCGCGCGCAACACUACGGAGAUGUCUCCGGCGUGUUGAAGGCCAAUGGAGAAGCCAUCCCGGAGGGCGUCGAAUCCAACUUGAAAACCCGGAACUCUGCAGGAUUUGUCCCUCAGGAUGAUGUCAUGCAUACCGAGCUGACGGUCUACGAGAACGUCUAUUUUUCGGCCCGGUUGAGGCUUCCGCCGAACACGCCGCUGACAAGUACCUCUGAUCGAGUCGAAACAGUUCUCCGCGAUGUGGGCAUCUGGCAUGUCAAAGACACUGUGGUUGGCAACGCUGACGUGCGGGGAAUUAGCGGUGGGCAGCGCAAGCGCACAUCGAUUGCCAUGGAGUUGGUCGGCCAGCCUUCCGUGCUUUUCCUGGAUGAGCCCACAAGUGGACUGGAUGCGGCAGCAGCUCACUCCAUCGUGAAGCUUCUGUGUGGGCGAUCGCGGCAGCACUGCACCACCGUGGCCGUGAUCCACCAGCCCCGCUGGCAGACUCUGGAGUUCUUUGACAACCUUGUCCUUCUGGCCACUGGUGGCUACCUGGUCUACUCCGGACCUGUUGCCGGUUGCGUUGAGUACUUUGAGAAGGUGCUCCAAGCUCCCAUUCCGAGCAUGGCCAACCCAGCAGACAUAUUCCUCGACUUCAUAGACAGCUCAAGUAGUGAAAGAGACGAGACGCUGCAACUGUCGGUCGAUGAGUUGGCCUCCAAAUGGGCAGCCUUCCGAGGAGAGUCAUUGGCUUCAGGAUCCUUCAGCACAGCCUUGGCCGAUGAGUUCCUGCCUCUUUCUUCAUAUGAGAAGUUCCGGCCCGGCAUUUCCGAGACCUUCUGGACACUUUACCUGAGAUGCUCCUUGCAGCUCUGCCGCUCCUGGAGGCAGCGCCUCUCCAAUCUGGGCCUCGUGGCCUUGUUCCUUUGCGUGGUGCGUGCGCUCCUGGGGGACGAUGGAGAUUUCGAAGAUGUUCUGGUGAAGCUGGGGAUCGCACAGAACAUGCUGAUGCUGCCGGUGUGCAUCCACAGCAUGAAUGUGUUCAGCUGCGAUCGUUUGGAGAGGAAGCGAGAGGACACUGCUGGAAUUCCCAUCCUCUCGCAAUAUCUGGCGAAGGACUUCUGCCAUUUUGCGGAGUUGUUGCUCUUUGCGAUUCUGUGGACAGGCAUUUAUGGGCCCUUCUCGAAGGUCGUGGCAAGCCCUUGGACCCUGCUUCGCCUAGCAGUGGCGCAGUGCUACAUGGCUUACGGCCUUUCCUUCUUCCUCUCUGUGAACCUCGCGAGCCCGAGCACGGCCACAGUGACCAUCAUGCUGCUACUCGUGGUGGCUCAGCUGUGUUCCGGUGUGGACCUCAUCGCGUUCGGAGAGGUGCAGAGCGCCCUUUGCGGCAUAGGAUGGGUCAUCUUCAUACUCUCGCCGUCCUUCUACACGGUAGAGCGCAUCUUGCCCAUCUACCUCUUUGAGGGGCUCGAGCCGCCUGUGAGGCAGGCUGUUUGCGACGGCUUCCUGCAGAAGAAAGGGGUCAGCUGUCAACUGCCCGCUUCACACGGACAGUCUGUGGGUGUGUUUGGCGCCGUGACGGGCUUGACCACAUUCUUGGCAGACAUGAAGAAAUCGUACAUCUUUUUGCACUCGGACGUGCAGCUGGUGAUGCUUGCAUUGGCGAUACGAGUCAUCACCCUGUUUCAGCUGGAGCUUAGGGCGGGCAAGGCCAUGCAAGGCAGCCGACGGCAGCGCUUCAUUUGUCGUCUUGCUUUGGCAUUGGUCGCUAGCUUCUUUAUACUCACCAUCCCUCUGGCGCCCAACGCUGGCACUGAAGAGUGGAUGACGCCUUAG